CUUUACGGAACGACCACCAGAUGAAACUGGCACCGUCUUUGAUGCAGGCCAGCCAACUUGAUCUCCGAUGUGCGAAGUGAUAACACAAACAAAAGCUUAUCGCGACGUUUCGAAAUUAGUAUCGGUGAAAGUGCUGGAUUAUUGUUUAUCGAGUGAUCUGUGAAGGAGCGAGUGCAGUGUCCAGGCGGCCAGUGUUUUGUGUGGAAGGACCUUGCAAGGACUGUGAUUGCUAAUAUUUUCGAACUGUGAAAAUCAAUAAGAUGAAUCAACAGUGCAAAGUGUGUGGAGAACCUGCAGCGGGUUUUCAUUUUGGUGCUUUCACCUGCGAGGGAUGCAAGUCAUUCUUCGGAAGAUCCUACAACAAUCUCAGCUCGAUCUCCGAAUGCAAAAACAACGGAGAGUGUAUCAUCAAUAAGAAGAACCGCACAGCGUGCAAAGCUUGUCGUCUUCGGAAAUGCCUCUUCGUCGGGAUGUCCAAAAGCGGCUCGCGCUACGGCAGACGCUCCAACUGGUUCAAAAUCCACUGUCUCCUCCAAGAACAGCAGCAGCAGCAACAACAGCAAGCCAACAUGAAUGCUCAGCAGCAAGGCAUAAAACACCCUCAGAAAACCCCGCCGCUGCCCCACCCGUCCCUCGGCAUGGGUCUGUUGGGGAUGAGCGCCUUUCCCCCGCCACUCUUGCACCUGCCUAAGACAAAGGAGGAGCUGAUGCUGCUUGGUCUGGACGAAUACAAGCAUUCAGCGUCUCCUUCCGUAAGUUCGCCGGAAUCUCAUAACUCUGAUUCAUCUGUGGAAGUUAGCGACGCCAGGAGACUCCCGCUGUUUCCCGGGCUGUUACCUCACACUUUCCUCCCGCCACCGGGUCUCAUGUUCCCGCCCGGCUACUCCCCGCUCUAUCCUGGACUCUUGCAACCUGCCAAUAACAACAACAGACUCAUCAGAAACCACAAUCCUGGCGUUGAAGCUUUCAAUAAGAGGAUAUUUCUGGACGCAGUUCUACAGUCACAGCGCACCCCUACCCCCGAAGAAGUGGAACCGCCCGUUCCUGCCGUCUCUCCCAUCCAGGAGGAUCCUAUUGACCUGAGCAUGAAGACGAACAGCGAAAGGGGAUCGUCUCCUGCUCAGAGUGACCGUUCUGGUUCGGUUGGUACCGAGAGGGGGCAUGGCAGCGAAGCCGAUGAGGAAAGUGACUGCGGCUCGGAGAGGGGAUUGAAAAGGAUAAAGCUCCUGAGGCCGACUCCUUUGGAUCUCACCACCAAGGUGUGAUAUUUAAGUAAUAUAUUUAUUCUAGUGGACAAGAAGACUAGAUUUCAGUCAUCACAGUUUUAUGAAUCUUCCACAAACAAAGUUUGGGAUUUUUUUACGACAAAGGCAUGUCAGAUCAGGAACUGAUCUUUCAUUUGAAAAUAUAUCAGAGAGGGGGCGAUGACAGAUGUGUUGUUCG